AUGGCUUCUACUGACAGUGAACAGGCAUUGGGCAAGGACAAGAGCAACAUCUAUGCUGUCCUUUCCAAGCUCAUAUUUACCAAUCAUGCCAAAUAUGGCACUGGAUACCAUUGGAAUCCAAAGAAAUUUUGUAAUUCAGUUGCAAACCACAUUGUGGGUCUCAAGGUUAGAUACAAAAAACUCAAGGCUAGAUUAGGUGCCACUGGACCUGGUGUACUACCUGGUGACAACAAUCCUCCAAUUGACCCGUGUCUUCUCCAACCUUUACCUCCUCUCUCCGAUAUCCCUUCACCCACUGGCCCUGAUGUCACUACUGGUCCCCCUCCACCCAAUAAUUAUAUUGGUCCUUCUGCUGCUCACCACGCCCCCCCUCCUCAUUUUGACCCUCCACAGGCCCACCUUCGCAGCCUCUCUCGCACCAAUGACUUGAUGCAAGAUGACAUGAUGGGCUAUAAUAGCCCCCUGAAAGUUACAGGGAAAAAGUGGCACAGUUUUGCAUCGCCCUCACCGUCUCCCCCUCCUAACCCACAGCCAUUCCACCUGCUCACAAAGGCACCUACCAACCCUUACCACAGUCAUGCUGCAUUUGGUCAGCUGCUCAUCCAGGGGCAUCACAAACUGCUGUCAAUGUCAUGCAACUUGUUGACUCCUUCAUCUACAACUCAUAACAUGACCCCAUCAUCUUCUUCAACCCCACAGACAUUAGUAUCAGCCCAACUGGAUAGUGGCAAGAAGAAGAAGAAAGCUAAGUUGGAUGUGCAGGAUCAGGUGGAGAAUUUGAUGGAGGAAUUCAAGAGCAUUCAGUCUGACGUCAUGUCCCUUUGGCACUCCAAGCAUUAG